AUGGCUCAUGCAGCGCCAACAGUUUCAUCCACAAAGGAGACAACGAACUAUGCUCGCCUAUGUCGCCUGCUAGUUGAUGCUGGUACCCAGGCCCUUAGAGACACAUUCAAUGCCAUCCAUCCACCAGCGAAUCUUCAAUCAGUUUUGGCAGCCAAUAAAGCAACUAUACAGCCGCUGAGAAAGAGAAAGGUUAUCAACGCAACGCAAUGGGGAAAGCUCUAUCCUGUUAUUCCAUCCUCAGUGUCUUCCAGAGACUUUGAUAUCACACUUUUAAUGGUUCUGCUUCGAAACCUGUGCGGCUUACCUUCUCCCGCGGCAGGCUGGGAUACACUUCCUGCUGCAACAGAUGUGAGUCUUGAAUCUGAUAUCGCCCGAGUCAAAUAUUACAGAAACUCUGUGUACGGUCAUGCUGAGUGUGCUUCAGUAGAUGAUGCGACGUUCAACACAUGCUGGGGCAACAUCCGGGACACUCUAGUGAGACUGGGUGGAGCGAAAUACAAAGCAGCUAUUGACGAUCUUGAAACAGAGUGUAUGGACCCUGAAGUUGAAGAUCACUACAAAGAACUUCUCAGCCAAUGGAAGAAAGACGAAGGCAAUGUGAAAGAUAAACUAGAUGAGGUGAUCGAAAAGUUAGUUGAAUUGAAAACAUCAAGCAUGACUCAAAAAGAGAAACCUGAAAUUGAAGGUUAGCAUCUUUUAAUGCUGUUUUUUUGUUUCUUUGAUUUUGUUUGUUUGCGGGGUUUUUCUUCUUUCUUCGUUCUUUCGAGAAUAUAUACUGAUAAUUUAUCGAUAAACACCGCCAUAAAAGAAGAAAACUAUCCUGGGGGGAAAAAUUUUAAGAACAAAGUCUGGCCUGUUCAAAGUUUGUGAACCAGCUUUCGAGAGUCAGUCGUUGAGGAUAGUAAGUGCUACAGGUCAGGCAUUGCGCAGAGUCUCAGUCAAUAGAGUGGUUCGUAAGUCGAUGAUGUUAAGCUAUGUGGUUGUUGACACCACUAGUUAUCGUCAUUCGUUUGUGUUCAGUCAGUCUUGUUGUGAGGUUUCUGUCAGUCUCUCUGAUGUAGGAGGCGUGGCAGUCUGAACUGUUGAUCCCAUAAAUCGCUCCCUGUCUGUUCUUCGGUUCGUCCUUGUCUUUGACGUUUGUUAGUGACUGACACUGUGUAGUGAUGGAUUUGUAGACGACACAGAUACUAAAGGGUUGUAGGACGGGUCAGAUGGUUUCAUACAUGCCCUUUAUGCCCAGCAGAGUCACUUUAGUCGUUACGCUAUCGUUUGUUUUAGGAGUUACUGGAGAUCAAUGAGUGUUUCGUCGAUUGAGGUCGUCGUUGUAUUUUUUUUUUUUUUUUUAAACAAUGCCAAAGAGUUUCUUCUCGUCGGAUAAGGUGGCUGUCGUUUGCAAACUAGUUGCGUUCGGCUCGGCUUUGUGUGAUGUUGGUCGACAUCACUCUCUGAAAGGACAGAGAGGGUUUGGUCCGGCAAUUUUCUCAAUUUAUCCACCCCGGUAAGUGAUUAUAGCAUAGGGACUAGUAAUACCGAACAAAUCAGUAAAACAAUACGGGGCAAAAAUUCAAACCAUGUAGCUAUUGAUAAGCGUGGCCUUCUUCUCGGGCCCGGAUCUCCUAAGGUUCUUAACACUUACCCACAUGUGUCUACCACAUAUGCCGAAUUUGUUCUAACUACAUAUUAAUUAUUUAUAAUAAUAUACAGAGGAAAGUAACCUUCAGCUGAGACUUUUAUUUCCUUGUUUUAACAGAAGGUAAACCACUUGUGUCGAAAGACCUGGAGAGCUCUGCCAAGUGUAAAAAGAGACAUAACGAAACCGAGCCACUUGAUUACUACUGCACGGACUGCAAAGUUUGCAUUUGCGACGAGUGUGGGAAAACUCGUCACACUCAUCACACUAAAGUGAGUAUCCAACAGGCCACUGAGGAAGAAAAACUGAAGAUGGUGGAGCUUGUGGAACAAGUUAAAAUACAAAUUACCGAGUUUGAGUCGAAAGUGGAAAGAAUGACAAGACUAUUUGCAAUAAGCAAAGAAAAAAUAUCUGCAGCUCGUAGUUUAGCGCAGACAACUGCUGAAGAACUCAUUUGCGCCUUAAAGGAGCACGAGAAGUGCGUUGUCAACGAGUUGGACGUCAUUGAAAAAAGACAAGAAAGAGAUUAUGCAACUCAACUAGAAAGCAUGCAAGCGUCUGUCAACGAAUUGAAAUGCUCUGUGGAAAAUUGCGAGGACAUCCUUCAAAGAGACGCCAGCUUUGAAACUCUACGCACACAAAUUAAUGACACUAAAAAAUGUAAAAGAGUUCUGAAAGAAACAAAAUUGGACAUUUACGAACCCUGUCAUGUACACUACCAAUUAUUUGAGGAGCACAUUCGAGUAAUGAAAGGUAGAUCUCCUGGCGAACUACUGGAUAGCAAUACAGAUCCUUCAAGGUCAUAUGUGAGAGAUAAUGACCUAAAACAACCUGAAGCUGGGCGAACAAAGGAUUUUGACAUCGUUACAAUUGAUUCAGAAGGAGAACAGUGCUAUCAUGAAAUCGAUGAAAUCAAAGUGACAGUUCGGAGUCCGACGGGAAUAGUCCUCGACAGCAAGACUGAUAGCUGGGUGCCACGUGGGACAUACAGGGUAAGGUACACACCAGCAUGUGAUGGAGAACAUGAAGUGACAGUUUUAGUGAAUAAUGAACCACUUUCUGGUAGUCCGUGGAGCGUAAGCGUGACGCCGCAUAAAUAUAGUUUCUUUCAUUACUUUGGAUCACCAGGUAAAGCACGCAAACAAUUCAAAGAACCCUGUGCUGUUGCAGUAGACAAAAACAAAAUGACGAUAGCAGUAGCUGAUCGAAAGGAACAAAGAGUGCAACUGUAUGAUUUUUGUAAUUCUGAGCAUCUUACAGACCUCGGUGAGAAGGGAUCAGCGGCUAUAAGACUAACAAACCCCACCUCUGUCGCAUUCACCCAAUCUGGUGACGUCAUUGUCAUUGCCUCUGGUAUCAUGUUUUGCUUUACUGUAAGUGGUAAUUUUCUUGGGUGUAUUAACAACAAAAAACUCAAGCGUCCGUUUUCAUUGAGUGUAACCAGCAAUGGCCGCCUCCUGGUGUGCGAUAGCGGUGACAAGUCAGUCAAGGUCCUCUCUCCUGAUGGGACAGAAUUGUUACAGUCCUUCAGUGCUCCAGACUGUGAUGGCUCCCCGUGGAAAGCUGUUUGUCACCAAGACAUGUUCUUCGUGUCUUAUCCCGAAGCUCGUUGUGUUAAAACAUUUAAUAAGGACGGGGACUUUCUCUAUGAUAUUGGCAAAGAGGAUGCACGCGAAGGACACUUGAGUCAGCCUCGUGGACUCGCUGUUGACACCUUUAACAAUCUAGUGGUUUGUGACGAGAAAAAAAAGACGUUGAAUGUCUUCAAACUGAAUGGAACAUUUUUAAACACAGCCACUGAAAAUAAUGUCCUCAGCUGCCCUUCGUCUAUUGCUGCCCUCUCAGCUAAUGAAUCCCCAUGGCUUAUCAUUGUUGAUUCCAGGAAAAAAUGUGUCAUAAUGUUUGACUAA